AUGUCUCGGGUACCUUUUCUAGGGAGGUUAUUUUGGUUCGAGUAUCUAGCAUUGCUAGGGUCUCUGAUCCUGGUAUUCCUCGAGACUAUCAUUCAUCUCAUCACAUUCUGCCUUCCAUCGCCGAUAAUCCGAUUUUGCCACGACCAGUCGAAAAAGAUCUUCAAUGUAUUCAUCUCAAAAGAAGCACAGGAUACUCGCACAAAGGAAGAAAUCCUUGCUUCAUCCAUCGCUCAGGCGUCCGACUUCGUCGAUAUGUGCGCCCUGUUUGGAUACGAGGCUGAGGAGCACAUCGUCCAGACUACCGAUGGAUAUCUCCUUGGGCUGCAUCGACUAGCCUACCGAAGGGGGGAAGAAAAUAUGCGAGUCAAUCAGGGACCUGGCUCAAUCAACAAGAAAGUCGUCUAUCUUCAUCAUGGUCUCCUCAUGUCAAGUGAAGUGUGGGUCGCAUUGACCGAUGAGCAACGCUGCCUUCCCUUCCAGCUGGUCGAAAAGGGAUAUGAUGUCUGGUUGGGUAACAACCGGGGUAACAAAUAUGCUAAGAAAUCCAUCCAAUUCUCACCUGGAUCGAAUGAGUUUUGGGACUUCUCCAUUGAUCAGUUCGCCUUUCACGAUAUUCCCAACAGCAUUGAGUACAUCCUCGAUGUGACUGCCCAGCCAUCUUUAUCGUACAUUGGUUUCUCGCAAGGUACCGCACAAGCUUUCGCGACACUCUCCAUUCACCCACUUCUCAAUCAGAAGGUUGAUGUCUUCGUUGCCCUGGCACCGGCAAUGGCACCGUCCGGCCUGCGUAAUCGCAUCGUCGACUCUCUCAUGAAAGCCUCUCCAAACUUCUUGUUCCUUCUUUUUGGUCGACGCAGCAUUCUUUCUUCGACAACAAUGUGGCAGACAAUUCUUUAUCCCCCAAUUUAUGUCCGCAUCAUCGACACCGCCCUUUCAGUUCUUUUCAAUUGGCAAGGUCGCAAUAUCACCCGAACCCAGAAACUAGCCGCUUACCUCCAUCUUUACUCUUUCACGAGUACAAAAUCAGUUGUUCAUUGGUUCCAAAUUAUUCGCAAUAAAAACUUUCAGUUUUAUGACGAUGAGCUGCAAACCCCCUUCAGCAUCGUUGCCAGCGAGCGCUUCUACAAACCCGUGAAGUACCCAACCCGCAAUAUCAAGACACCAAUUGUGCUUCUUUAUGGUGACAGCGAUAGCCUUGUUGAUAUCAAUGUCAUGCUACAGGGCUUGCCUCGUGGGACUGUCGCCAAGCCUAUACCCACUUAUGAGCAUUUGGACUUCUUGUGGGCCGCGGAUGUAGACCGACAGGUCUUCCAUCAUGUCUUUGAUGCAUUGGAGAAACAUGGCGCGAAGAAUGUCAAUGGUGUUCAUGUUAAUGGCGUCAAUGAUAUCGAACAAACCCCAACUACUUUACUAGAGGACAAGGCCUCUGUCCCAACGCAUGCCUCGAAUAGCUCGCUGCCAAGGCAUCGGACAAACUUGGGGGUUGACCCUGCUUAUGGUGCAGCACCUUAG